CGCAGUUGCCCUGAGCGCCAGCACUCAUCUUCCUCGUCUUGCGGCUUCUUUUCCAUCAUCACGGAUCACUCUACUUAAUCUCAACUCUAUCCAUUCUCCACCAUUGAAUUUUUUUUCCCUCCACCCUUGAUUUAUUUUUUUUUUUUUUCAAUUUUUUUCUUCCUCUCCACUCUCGAUUAAUGGAGAGAGAGCAUCUUUGAACACCUGCCCUUUAUCCUCCACUGUCCUGUCCUCUUGCCUGCAUCACGUCUCAUGGGUAUCCGUGCAUCCUGCAGACCAGAGCCUCAGGGCUGUGGAGGCAGCUCCAAGCUAAGUCAGCCAGACUCGCCCCUUCCUGAUCAAGAUGAGGAGAUCCUGGGCUCUGAUGAUGAUGAGCAGGAGGACCCCACUGACUACUGCAAGGGUGGAUAUCACCAUGUGAAGAUUGGAGAUCUUUUCAACGGAAGAUACCAUGUUAUCCGUAAGCUUGGCUGGGGGCACUUUUCCACUGUGUGGCUGGCGUGGGACAUCCAGGAGAAGCGCUUUGUAGCUAUGAAGGUUGUGAAAAGUGCUGAACAUUACACAGAGACUGCUCUGGAUGAGAUCAAGCUGCUCAAAUCUGUGCGAAACACAGAUCCUGGUGAUUUGAGCAGAGAGAGAGUGGUGCAGCUUCUAGAUGACUUCAAAAUAUCUGGCACGAAUGGCACUCAUAUAUGCAUGGUGUUUGAGGUGCUGGGGUACCACCUACUAAAGUGGAUCAUCAAGUCAAAUUAUCAAGGCCUCCCGCUGCCAUGUGUUAAAAGCAUCAUUAGACAGGUCCUUCAGGGUUUAGACUACCUCCACACCAAAUGUAAAAUUAUUCACACAGACAUCAAACCGGAAAACAUUCUUCUGACAGUCAAUGAGUCCUAUAUCAAGAAAAUGGCUCUCGAAGCGACACAGUGGCAGAAGACUGGUGUGCCACCACCCUCUGGUUCUGCAGUGAGUACAGCACCAGCACCCAAGCCGAUAGCCAAAAUGUCAAAGAACAAAAAGAAGAAAAUGAAGAAGAAGCAGAAGAAGCAGGCGGAACAGCUAGAAAUGGGAGGAGGAGUGACAGCCGAAGGAGGAGAAGAGAAAGCGGAGGACACGGCAGAAACGACCUCUGACAUCUCCUCUGUCCCCCACUCUGUGUCGGCCACUCUGCAACAUGAUACAAUGCCUCCUAUCGCAGAGUCUCCUACUGUCAAGCUACCCCAACAGAUGUCAGAGCCAAGUGUACCCACAGAGGAAGCCACCAAGGAGGAGAGCAACAUGGAGGUCAACUGCAAUGGCAACACCUCCGUACCGGUGAGCGAGGCUAGCCGAGAAAGCCAGGACCAUGGGACCAAGCAGUCAGCAGAAGAGCUGGAGGACCAACAGAAUGCAAACAAAGUAGAAGAUAAAACAGAAACUCUCAACAAAGUAUGUAACAAAGACGACCCUCAGAGCUUUAGCGGUCCCUCUGAGGAUUCUGAGCCUCAGUCACAGCAGCAGCAACCAGAUUCCCUCAGCACAGACUUUGUCACCUCAGAGCUGAAUGAUGUCGUCAAAGUAAAGAGAAAGGAGGAGGAGAUGGACACUCAAGGGGAGAACAAAAUGAGAGUUGAAGAUGAAGAAAAUAGCCAAAAUGAAUCAUUGAGUAGCUUGUUAGUAAACCCCUUGGACCAUCUCAAUGCUGACAAGGUGCAGGUUAAGAUUGCUGACCUUGGAAACGCCUGCUGGGUGCACAAGCAUUUUACAGAUGACAUCCAGACUCGGCAGUACCGUUCACUUGAGGUGCUGAUAGGCUCUGGCUACAGCACACCAGCAGACAUUUGGAGCACUGCCUGCAUGGCCUUCGAACUGGCAACUGGGGACUAUUUGUUUGAACCCCAUUCAGGAGAAGAUUAUUCCAGAGAUGAAGAUCACAUCGCGCUGAUCAUUGAGCUGCUCGGGAAAGUUCCUCGCAAGCUGAUCAUGGCAGGCAAAUACUCUAAGGAGUUUUUCACCAAGAAAGGUGACCUGCGACACAUCACUAAGCUGAAGCCAUGGGGCAUGUUUGAUGUGUUGGUGGAGAAGUACGAGUGGUCCAAAGAAGAGGCCCACAGCUUCAGCAGCUUCCUGCAGCCCAUGCUGGACCUUGUCCCUGAAAGGAGGGCCACGGCUGCUCAGUGCCUCUCCCAUGCGUGGCUGGCUUGAGAGGCAGCGCAUUGUGUGCACACUUCUACAUGUGAUUGUGAAAGGAUGCACACACACCCACGCACACAAGAUAGGUGUAAAGAUUAUGGGCUUGAAACCGAAACACACCUUUCUGCGAAAACUUGACUGUACACGUUUCAUGGCCUUCAGAUGCAACCCACACACCAGCUGAGACUGCACCUCAGUCGCCAUCCACAAUAUGUAGAAUACUGAAGGAAGAGGAAGCCCAAAUCGUCUGCACUUAAUUUUGCAGGACUUGUUUUGGUGUCAGUUUCUGUUUCAAGCUCUUUUUCUACAGCACAUAACUCUGUCUCUCAGAUAUUUAGGUACUGUUACAAAUUAAGAUAUACAGUAGCUCUUGCACUUGAUACUACAGCAACCGCAACAGAGGUUGCCAUCAAAAUCACCAAUUUGUUGGGAUCACCAAGAUGCCAAAUAUGUGCAGUCUUGCUAAUUGCUAAUUAGCAGUGCCAUCAUUUAUAUAUUUAGUUGUCAAAAGCCUUCGAAGUACUGCAAUUGAAUAAAUGCAAAACAAUGCUAUAAAAGGGCUAGGAAGUCUUGGCCUAGCUAAGUAUGCUUAAACAUUUCUACAUUUGUACACAGAAGAGGAAAGAGGACUAGAUUUUAUACAUUUUGUUAUGGAUAUUCUUGUUUUCAGCCUGGCACAAUGCAAUGUCUUCUAUCCCUAUGAAACUCGUUUAGUAACAGAUGUGAUUUUGGAAACCAUUAAACAUCAAACUGGACCUGUAUGGAUUCAAGUGGUUGGAUAGCAUCAUGCCCUCUGCAGCAUAGUCAGUCACGUUUUGGAAACGGAUGUUCAGGUGCUUUUUAACUGCACGGAAAUGGGCUCUACUCAAAUGCUGUACAGCAACCCACACACUGCAAAAGGAAUUGGCUUAUAGGCUCUCUGUCAUGUCUCCUCUUCAAUCGUUUUUCUGUAGGUAAGAAUAAAACAUUUACAAAAGUG